AUGAUUAUUCCUGGCGUAUCCCGCUUCUUGUUCAGUGCGUUAUGGGCGCACUGCUUGGUUUUGGAAGCUUGGUUAUUUGCGAAUCCCCUCGGUAUGUUGGAGUUAUCGGAACUGCCCAACUCUCAUCCAACCAACCGCGUUUCGUUUUCCUUGCUGAUUCCCUCCAGAUGGCUCUUAGAUUUCGAUCACGACGAGGAAGGCAUGGUAGUAAUUGCAAACCUAUACGGCGAAGGAGACAUCCACAACGACAAAGCACGCCAAGAAUACCGAGAAAUCAAAAUGAACGUCCUAAUCCAACGACAAGAAGGCGAGCGCUCCUACGCCGACAUGUUCCGCCGCUACUGGAAACGAGUCUUAAUCGCCAUGUCCGCACAAGCAAUGGCCCAAUUGAACGGAAUAAACGUGAUAUCCUACUACGCCCCGCUUGUCUUCGAGUCCGCUGGCUGGACUGGCCGUUCAGCAAUCCUAAUGACCGGCAUCAACGGCAUUACCUAUCUCCUUUCCACAAUCCCACCAUGGUACCUAGUCGACAAUUGGGGUCGCCGACCUAUUCUACUCUGCGGCGCAGUGGCAAUGGUCAUCUCACUCUCCAGCAUCUCAUACUUCAUCUUCCUCAAUAUUGACGCCACGCCUGUUCUGACUGUCAUAUUCGUCAUGAUCUACAAUGCUGCCUUUGGCGCUUCAUGGGGCCCAAUUCCCUGGCUUUACCCUCCGGAGAUUCUGCCCCUCAGCAUUCGUGCUAAGGGAGCUAGUCUGAGUACGGCCAGUAAUUGGGCUUUUAACUGGCUUGUUGGAGAAGUCACCCCCGUUCUUCAGGGCGCUAUUAAAUGGCGUCUCUAUUUAGUUCAUGCAUUUUUCUGCGCUUGCAGUUUCGUUCUCGUGUACUUCUUAUACCCCGAAACAAGCGGCGUCCGCCUAGAAGACAUGGACGUCCUAUUCGGCGACGCAACAACCGCAAUGCCAACUCCCGCAACAGAAGGCGAGCGAGGCUCACUUCUAGGCGCAAGCGCCGGAUCGCCCGUCCCAUCUCUCGAUAUUCGAAGACCGUAUGGCCAAUUUGGCGCUGAGAGUGCGAUUCCUGGUCUUGAUAUUGAUCCUCCGUCAUUUGAUGGGCCUGGGUCUGGAUCUGGGUCUGGGUCCGGGGCCGGGCUUAAUAAUAACAAGGCUGGUUCAUCACCGGGCUUGGGUCGGGGGAAGGGUUUGGUGGUUGGAUUUCGAAGAUGGUUAAGAGGUCUAAGGGGUGGGAGUAGUGCUAGUCAGAGUCAGUAUAGACAAUUGGGGCAGGGGGAGGAUGGGGAUGAUCGAUGA